CUCCAGUCCUCCUGUCGGGUUGGACGGUGAAUAGACAACUCUGUGAAUACUCUUGUGAAUUGGAACCCAAGCGGCGGACGGGGACCGAAGGCAGAGUCGGCGGUGGUGCUGUCCUUUCCUCUCCUCCCGAGGGGGAAGUGAAAGAGAAGUCGAUUGAGCGCAAAAUUCGUUGGAAAAUUUGAAGAAAUGACUUAUUGGAUCUUUCUACUUGGAUUCAUAUGGCUCGCCGUUACUUACAAUGGAGUCGAGGCGGAUUCCGCCGUGCAACUCCUAGGACUGUCUCCCCUAGAUGAGAAAUACUUCAAAUCAGAAGCGAUUAAGUGCAAGGACGGAUCGAAGAGUUUCGUUAGGGCUAGAUUGAACGAUGGAUUCUGCGAUUGCGCGGACGGAACGGACGAACCUGGAACGCCUGCAUGUCCUGAGGGAAGAUUCUUCUGCAGAAACUCCGGCCACACGCCCCUCACAUUAUUUUCUUCUCGUGUGAAUGAUGGCAUUUGUGAUUGUUGUGAUGGAAGUGAUGAAUAUGAUGGGAAGAUCAAAUGUCCAAAUACAUGUUGGGAGGCUGGCAAAGCAGCUAGAGAAAAAUUAAAGAAGAAGAUUUCUACAUUUCAGGAGGGUUCUGCUAUACGUAGGCAGGAAAUUGAGCAUGCCAAACAAGCAAUUGAGAAAGAAGAGGCAGAGCUAUCAAAGCUGAAAAAAGAGGAGAAACUGCUCAAAGAUGUAGUUGACAAGCUCAAAGAGAACAAGCAACAGAUCGAAAAAGCUGAAGAGGAGGAGCGCUUAAAGAAGGAAAAAGAAGCAGAGAAGUUAAAAGAAACUGGGAAAAAAGUAGAGCAAGUAAAUGAACUAGAGGAAACUCCACCUGCGACACCUGAUGAGGCGGUAAGAGGAUCACCUGAGUCACCUGAUCAGCAUGCAGUAGAAGAUGCUGAUUUCGGAAAUGAAUUUGAGCAAGAUGGUAGUGAUGUUAGCAACCAAGCUUCUGGUCUUAACGAAGUAAAGGAGGAAACUUUUGAGAACACAGAGAGCAUGUCUAAAGAAGAACUGGGUCGUGUAGUAGCUAGUCGAUGGACAGGACAACAUUCAGAUGACCACACUGAGGAACUGCAUCAUACUGGAGAUAUAGAGGAUGAUGAUGAUUCUGGUACUCCAGAAAAUCGAAGUGAUGACGAAUAUGAUGGUUAUCAUUCAGACAGUGGGGGACAUGACAGAACUUAUGGGGAUGACAUGGAACCUGACAGUCUCGAAGAAGAUGAUGUCGAGGAGCAUGUUGACCAUGACAUUUCAAGCAAUUCUGACCUUGACGAUGCCACUAAAAUCUCAGAUUUAUCAGUUAUUGGUGCGUCAUCUUGGUUAGAUAAAUUCCGGCAGUCAUUUCAAGCAGUUCUACAGUCACUUAAACUGUUCAAGACCCCAGUUAAUACAUCAGAUGCUAGUCGAGUACGCAAGGAAUAUGAUGAUUACAGUGGGAAGUUACUGAAGAUGCAAUCAAGGAUAUCAAGCUUGUCUGAAAAGUUGAAGACCGACUUUGGGCCAGAGAAGGAAUUUUACUCUUUUUAUGAUUCUUGUUUUGAGAAAAAACAAGACAAGUACGUUUACAAGGUAUGUCCUUUUCAGCAAGCUUCCCAGGUGGAAGGUCAUAGUACCACCCGGCUAGGACAUUGGGAGAAGUUUGAGGAAGGUUACAGGGUCAUGCAAUUUUCAAAUGGUGAAAGGUGUUGGAAUGGACCUGAUAGAAGCUUGAAGGUUAGACUCCGGUGUGGUCUAAAGAAUGAGCUUGUUGAUGUUGAUGAACCAAGUAGAUGCGAAUAUGAAUCGGUGAUGUCAUCUCCUGCUGUAUGCCUUGAGGAAAGAUUGAAGGAGUUGCAAGAUAAGCUUGACUCCAUGAAUGAGGGCCGCAUGGAGGGCCAUGAUGAGCUUUGAUUGCUUGAACGGAUAAUUCUUGCUUUCUGUGCAUCGUCACCAUGGAAACAGCUAACAUAAGACAGGUGAAGUUGUUUCUUUCUUGCGGUAUACUUCUCAAAUUUUCGAGGGAUAUAGGACAUUUUGGUAGUGCAUUUGCAAGGUAUAGACUGCCACCUUAUUUUUGGAGCCAAGUGAAGCUGCCAAGACACAUUGGACGCAUAUUUUAUUCGGUAAAAAUGACUCGUCUGUCUACAUAACCCUAUUUGUUUCACUUCAUUUUUCAUUUGAGAAAGUUCUGCUAUUUUUUCGAGCUGUAUUUACGUUCUCCUGGUUGGGGCUCUCAUGUUUUAUGACUGGGGAACUCGAUCUCUUGCACUUUUCUUGUAAAGAUGGAAGGUGUCAGUUAGCAGCCUGAAAAUCUAAGUUCCGCUGUGAAAACUAUCUUUGA